GUUGUCUCUCGCUCAUCGCGCACGGCCCGCACGUGAGAAGAGACUGCUCCGGCGAAGCGGCAUCGGUCCCGAGCGUGAUCCCCUACGCCGGCGAGAGGCGGAGAUGGCGAGGCGGUGCUCGCACUGCAGCAACAACGGGCACAACUCACGCACGUGUCGGUCGCGCGGCGCCGCGGGCGGCGUGCGGAUCUUCGGGGUUCGCCUCGCGGAGGGGGCGGGGGCGAUGAGGAACAGCGCUAGCAUGGGAUGCCUUAACUCCGCGGCCACCCCCUCCAACGCCUCCGCUUCUUCCUCGGCCAAUCCAUCAGGAGAACACCACGCCGACGCCGUUGCGGGCUAUGCCUCCGAUGACGCCCCUGCUUCGAUUUGCCGAAAAAAAGGUGUGCCAUGGACUGAAGAAGAGCAUUCAAUGUUCCUUGUGGGUCUUCGAAGGCUAGGAAGAGGCAAUUGGCGUGGAAUUUCUCGUAACUUUGUUGGUACCAAGACCCCAACACAAGUUGCAAGCCAUGCCCAGAAGUAUUUCAUGCGACAGAGUAAUGCAUCAAUAAGAAAGAGACGCUCGAGCCUAUUUGACAUGCAAAUUGAGCAAAUCCCAGUCCAUGAGGACCACCCUCCUAAUGAACCAAAUAACACAAAUCACCCGGCAACACUGCAUGUCAGCAAACAAGAAGGAACUAGUAUUUGGGAAGCUUCAGCAACCAAACAUGCUCCAGAACUAUCAGAAAGCAUCCAUCCUGAUCAUCAAAACUCCAUAGCAAUGAUGCCUGCAAUCUACACCACUUUUGUUCCGGUGCAAAUACCAUUUUGGACGACGAGGGGUUCUCAUGAGAUCGUAAAACCAAUUCCAGUCGUCGCAAAGGAAGCACUGAACAUAGAAGGCCUAGUCGGCCUUGCAGACCCUUCUGCUCUUUCCCUCAAAUUAGUAGGAUCUUCUGAUUCACUGCAGUCUGCCUUUCACACUAAAUAUUCUGUUCCUCUGCCUGAUCUGAACCAAAGUAGUGCCAGCCCUAUCCAUAUAUAAACUCUAAGGCAUUUAUCCUCCCCAUGCAUAUUCUUUCUCUGCCGUGAACUCUUAGCUCUGCUCUUUUGAUGAACUCCAUGUUAAUCAUUCUUGUAUCUAUCUAGGUCGACAAUAGUUUGAUUUCGUUUCGUUCAUGCAGCUUGUUAAUAUCUGAACUAAGACUCUUACUAUUAUUAUGAGCAACAAGACACGGUUUUACCCUAGCUCUUUCAAUAGCUUUUA